UGCAGUUGAUAGUGACGCUUCUUGAAUGAUAAUACAACUUGUAUAAAAGCAAACGCUUUUUCUUCACCGUCACACAUCACUUCUUUCUUUCUUUUAGGAAGGUCCUACCACAAACCAAGCAAAAUGUUCUCUUUCAAAUCUAUCGUCCUGAUCGCUGGGGUGUUGGCGGCGGCGGAGAGCAGCGGCGUGGUGCCGGCCGUGGCGGCUCCGCUGGUGGCGCCGGCCCACGUGGGAUACGCGCACGGGGUCCCACAGAACAUUCCACCAUACGCGUCUCAAGUCAGCGUGGUCAAUAGAGCUGUCAGCCCGUACAUCGCUGGCCCGGCGCCGUAUGCCGCCCCUGUAGCAGCCCCGUUCGCCCCUGCGACAUACGUGGCAGGGCCGGCUCCAGUGAUUCCCGCCCCCUACGCUGCCGGGUACCCAGCUCCCUACGCCGCUGGUUUUGCCGCCCCCUACGCGUACAGCCCCUACGCUGCACCGUCACCGUUCCUUCGUACCGCGUUCGGCUACGCCCCGACUUUCGUGCGAUAGAUUUAAAAAAGACUCAGACUGACCUUUAUGUUUUUGAUGUUUAGUUAGUUUGUUAUUUUUUUUAUAAUGAAAUAAAUAUUGUUUUGAAUAAUUA